UAAAACCCUAUUACACUUAGAAGCAGAAGCUGGUUAAGGUAAGCAAAACGGCGGAACCCAGCUUCAAGCUCUAACCGAAACAACAUAGAAGAAAUUUCUCACUCACGGUUCCUCUCUCAAGCAAUCAAGAAAGAAAGAAGGUUUGUUAGGGCAAAUAAAUCAAUAACGAAAAACCCAGAAACCGCAAAGAUUCACGUUUUCAAGAAAUGGAAGUACCUGAAAAUAGAAAGUGGAUGAAUAAUAGAGUUGAUUGUCAUAAGAAUAUCACUGCAGAAUUUAAUAUUGGAGUUCAUGAGUUUAUUAUGUUUGCUUUGGCACAAGAUAAAAAUAAUAUUGGAGGAGGGAAUAUUAGAUGCCCGUGUAAGAAUUGCAAGUGUAUGAAAUUUGGAAAUCCAGAAGAAGUGAAGGAACAUCUAUGUAGGAGGGGAUUCAUGAGUGAUUAUUAUCAUUGGACAAACCAUGGUGAGGCGAUUCCCCCAAUUCCUAUUCAUUUAGCUUAUGAAGCAAGAGUUGGCGGUCCUGUGCAAUAUAGAUGGAUGUAUCCAUUUGAAAGGUUCAUCCGAACUUUAAAACAAAAGGUAACGAAUCAGGCUCGUGUUGAAGGUUCGAUUUGUAAAGCAUAUUUAUUAGAGGAGAUGUCCACAUUUGCUUCCUAUUACUAUCCACCCGAUGUUCCAUCAAGGAGAACAAGAGUGCCACGAAAUGAUGAUGGGGGAGAGGAUUUUUCAAUGGGUCCUCCAUUGUCAAUCUUUAAUUACCCGGGCCGUCCAUUUGGAAAAAGUACCACUUCUACCUUGGAUGAUAAGGAAAUGAAAGCUGCUCACUUGUAUAUUCUUUUAAAUUGUCCUGAAGUGGUACCUUACCUGGAUAUGCACUCUGAUUUGUUACGAGAGUUAGAUCCUCAGUUGAAUGAAACUGAUUUGGAUAAGCAAGUUUCCGCAUCAUUCCCAACAUGGUUCAAAACAUAUGUGCUUGAUUCAAGGAACAUGAUAGACGAUGUGCUUUUAAGGAGUUUGGCAUGGGGCCCUAUUAGAGAAGUUGUUAAAUGGUCUGGUUAUGUUAUUAAUGGCUACAAGUUUGUGACCAAAUCUCGAAAUGAAGGGAUGAGUACAACCAAUCACAAUGUUUGUGUUCGGGGAGGGCAAUUUGAUUCAUUAGAAAAUGAUUACUAUGGAGUUUUGAAUGACAUUGUCGAACUAGAGUACACUGGUCACCCGACAAAGAAGGUGGUUUUAUUUCAAUGUGAUUGGUUUGAUCCUAGUUCUCAAGGGACAAAGAUGGAUGACUAUGGAAAUGUUGAGAUUAAAAAAUCUAGGAGAUAUCAAAAUUAUGAUCCUUUUGUAUUAUCCCAACAAGCUGACCAAGUUUACUUUACAUCAUUUCCUGAAGGGCAACAAGGUUGGCUAGGAGUCAUAAAAACCAAGGCACGGAGUACCAUUCAAUCUAUGGAAAAAAACAAACAUGAAACAACUGAUGCAUAUCAAGAUGAUGAUGUUCAUCAAAUACCUAUAGUUAUUUCAAAUGAUGAUGAUGAUUUUCAUCAGUGCCAUGAGGAUGAGGAUGAGGACGAGGAUGAGGAUGAGGAGGAGGAGGAAGGGGAUGAGAAAGAUGAAGAGGAAGAGGAAGAGGAGGAGGAAGACGAGGAAGAGGAUGAGGAGGAGAAAGAGGAUGAGGGGGAGGAGGAGGAAGAAGAUGGAUGGGAUGAUGAUGACAAUUAUGAUUAUUAUGGAAAUUUACAAUUUCAAUAA